UUCCUCCACCACACACACACACUCAGAGCCAAACACAAGAAAACAAAUCCACUUAUUAAGCGUGCGAGAGAAACAUGGAGUCCAGCGAUCCAAUCCCAAACACCCCAAGUCCUACUUCCUCCGUCCCUCUCUCUAACUCUCCUUCGUCCUCAUCUUCCCCUCCAAAUAUCACUCCGCAAGUCGUCGUAAGCCCUUGUGCUGCUUGUAAGAUUUUAAGGCGCAGAUGUGCAGAAAAAUGCGUUCUCGCCCCUUAUUUCCCUCCUUCUGAGCCUGCUAAGUUCACCAUUGCUCACAGAGUCUUCGGUGCCAGCAACAUCAUCAAGUUCUUGCAGGAACUUCCAGAAUCGCAGCGAGCUGAUGCGGUGAGCAGUAUGGUGUACGAGGCAGGUGCAAGAAUAAGAGACCCGGUUUAUGGCUGUGCAGGUGCGAUUUGUCAGCUUCAGAAACAAGUGAACGAGCUUCAAGCUCAAUUGGCGAAGGCACAAGCAGAGCUAGUGAACAUGCAGUUACAGCAAGCCAAUCUGGUGGCUCUUCUCUGCAUGGAAAUGGCCCAAACUACUCAAACUGAUCAGACUCAUCAUCAAACGUCUCCUACAAGUACUCCUCAGGAAUAUUCUUCACCGCCAUCAUCAUCCUUCGAAGAUACGAACUUCAUUACUUCAAGCAACCUCAACUUCUUCGCGGAAAGCUCUGGCCUUAACUCUUUGUGGGAGCAGCCACUUUGGAUAUGACCCAUUUACAUUGAUUGAUUAAUUAAUUAAUUAACUAGUGUUGUACCAUGGGGAGAGAGAUUGGAAAAUUAUUCUUCCCAUAACUUUUCUCCAAAGGAGACAAGGUUUGAAGGGAUGAAUUUAUUAGAACUACUAAUAAAAGCAGCUUGGUAGCUAGGAUUUAUGGAGUAUUAAGGAAAAUGUGUAGUCGGCUGCGGGCCUCCCAUCGCCAAUAGAUAUGUUAGAAUUAUAUGUGCUUUUUACUCCAUGUAAUCUCUCUUCAGCAAUGUUAGAGGAAAAAAGCGUACUCGUCGUCCAUUUAUGCUAUUUAA